UUCGCGAUUUCCUUUCUCUACAGUAUUAUCAACCGUGUAAAAUAAACCGUGAUAUUUUGAAAUAUUGGAUCGAUUCUACCACUGUUGACUAAUAACGUAAUUGAGCGCAAUCGAGAAAAAAUAAAAUCAACGAGAAACGCGUUCGAAAAAUAUCGUUCCACAGUUUUGUUUGAUUAGCGUACACAUACAUGCUCGAAACACUAAUUCUAUGAAUUCUAUGCGAGUGCGUGAGUGCAAAAAAAAGUCGCGUGUGUGCGCGUACGUGUGUGUGAUGAAACUACGUACUGACGAUAGUGACCUCGUUGCAAUAAUAAAUGAAGAAGGAACUGCACAUCUGGCACCAUUGAGGUUGAUGCAACUUUAAGUGCCAAGAUAUUCGUAACAUUAUAUGCAUUUGCAUGCAACGACGAGCAAGAUGGGACUAUAAUAACGUGAAUUGUUGCUGGAAUAUUCAAACACGCUUCAUCAAUCGAACAUUGCAUUUCGAUUAGCGCGUGCGCUGCCAACGUCAGGACAGUCUUGGAAAAGCGGGCGAUCGUCGUCAACAUGGCGGACGGCGAUUUGCUUGUCACAAUUUCGGGCGCGGCGCUUUCAUUACUGUUCUUCGAAAAUGUGCGCAGUGUUGGCGACCAGAUGGGCUUUCUGCUCGGGGAAGUACUCGAAUUCAUCGUUAAAUCCUACACCGAUUCGGACAAUCAAGUGGAAACCGUCAAAACUCAUAUUAAUGUGGAGACCAUUGUGACCUGUCCUUUGCCGGCUCUCUUGAUCGAAUCCGCUAACCGAAUUAGCAAGGAAAAAUUGAAGGACUUCAUAUGCGACAAGAGCAAACAAGUGGUUGGCUGGUUCCGUUUUCGCAGGAAUACCAGCAGUCUGAUCCCUACGCUAAAGGACAGACUGCUGCACAAGGAAUUUGCUUCUCUGUUUUCUGAACUUUCUGAAGACAGCUGUAAAAAGGAUUUCUUUCUCACAUGCCUCCUCAAUGCCUCCACUUCUGAGACACGUGGCACCCACAAAUUUCGACACGUAUUUCUUAGGCAUAAGCGAGGGAUGUUUGAACCGAUACCUCUGAGAAUAAGCAACUUGGGAGAUGAUGCUUCCAGACAUGACGGAUCAGAUUAUAAACCGACACCUGUCAGAAAAGUCGCACGUGCAUCCGAUGAUUUUUCUAAAUUAAUAGAAUCAUUGAAGUUGGACAUGAGGCUGAAUGGUCUAGAGUCUGCUAUGUUGAUUCAAAAGCUCGCAGAAAAACAUUUAACGACGCUGAUCCCGAAGGUCCGCGAAUCCGAUUUGGAGGUGGCUGAAUUGGAGAGACAAGUGCGCGAACUGAAAGCCAAAGUAAAAGCGCAGCAAUUAGCCAAAAACUCCAAGGUUAACGGCGAGAAUUGCGAAAAGACAAACAGAAAGAAUUGUGUGUUAGAGAAAUACGAUUCCUCAAUGAGAAGUGAGAUGAAAGUCGGCGAUGACGUAAGGGAGCACGCUCUAUCCUGCGUUCAGCCAGUUUCUCUCAAUCGAACUAUCGCCCGCAAUACUGCUGCCUAUAUCGCUAAAAGUGUGAAUCAAGAUAAAUCUCGCCGUAUUGUGGUUGGUAAUCAAGAAGAUGGUAAUCAACAGGGUACACAGGACUUCCUCGUCAAUAAGAGACGUCCCAUUCAGGAAAUUGCUAGUGAGCCCAUCUGUCAAGAAGAUAGUGAAAUAUGCAUGAGCAGAGGUAGAGGUCGGGGAGUUUAUGAAUUUACAUCAGGAAUGAAAAAAGGACUGCGUAAUCCAGACACGGCUCAAAUGCAUUCUUUCCGCGAGAGAAAUACCACGUCUCCAGAGCAGGAUUUCUCCGACAUAGAAUGUUCCGCUGCCGCGCCUCUCAGCCCUUCUGUCACCAGGUCCUACACCCUACGGCAAAGAAAACAAGUGUAGACAAAUGCACCACAAUGACAUCGUUGGAUAUUUGAGUGAAGAAGUCAAGUUUUGCAAAAAUAAUGUUUCCAGAUUCUCUAAAGCUUCAGAUGUUAAAAUAUUGGAGAAUCUAAAAGAAUUUAAAAGAUAAUAAAAAUAAAGAUCUUUAAACGUUAUAAGAAA